CGCGUAAGGAUUGGAAUGCAGUCUUUCACUGUUAAACAGAUAAUUGAUGCGACUCAAAAGUUCAGCCCAAAAACCAAGAUUGGAGAUGGUCGUCUUGGGAUAAUCUACAAGGCUCAAUUGCAGAAAGAUUUGAUCGUAGCAGUGAAGAAGCUUUUUCCUCAAUCAAAGACAGUUGAAGAAAUAAGAGCAGAGAUCAUGGCAUUGUCGGAGUUGGAAAAUCCGAAUCUUGUUGAACUACUGGAUUGCUAUUCUAAGAGAGGGCUUCAUUUGCUAAUAUAUGAAUAUAUGGAUAACGGAUCUCUUGAGAAAGUUUUAUUUGCCCUGGGUUUGGAGUUUCUACAUAAAAAGAAUCCACCCAUUAUCCACAGAAAUAUCAAGGCUAGUAAUAUUCUGCUUCAUGAAAAUUAUGAGGCAAAAAUCUCAGAUUUUGGAUUGGCAAAGCUUUAUGAAGAUGAUGAUCCAUUUAUGCUAGCCAAAGCAGGAAUCACACGUAAGUACAUGGCACCUGAGUAUGCAUCUCAGGGAAAAAUAACAGUGAAAGCCGAUGUCUAUAGUUUUGGCAUUCUACCCCUUGAAAUCGUUAGUGGGAUAAGGAUUGAUAAAAAUCUCGGAAAUGAUGAGGAUACUAUUUAUCUCUUAGAAAAGGGCCAAAAAACCGUUGAGGAUAUUAGGACAUUACUUGAAACUAGGGCUUCCCAAGUCAGUAGAAACAGAGAUAUGGAUCCAGAAACAGGAUAUGGAGUCCUUUCCCAGUCUAAUUUAAUAUUUUGGUGA